AGUGUCUCUCAGAAUAAGUCCCAACACAACUCAACACUUUAGAUCAAAGUCUCUCUCACUGAGCUGUGAGGAGAAGAGGAACUCUACUGGAUGGAGACUGAUGAGAUACACAGAAAGAGGAGUAGAGUCAGGGUGUGUCUCUAACUGGGGAUCAAUAACAGGAUCCACAUGUACGAUUAGCUACACAUACACAUGGUACAGUGGAGUGUUCUGGUGUGAGUCUGGAUCAGGAGAGUACAGUAAUGCUGUCAACAUCACAGUGGAUGCUGGUGAUGUGAUCCUGGAGAGCCCUGUCCAUCCCGUGACUGAAGGAGACUCUGUGACUCUGCGAUGCAAAUACUGGACAACCAGCUCAAACAUCAAGGCUGAUUUCUACAAAGAUGGAGUACUCAUCAAGAAUGAGACCACAGGAGAGAUGACCAUCCCUGCAGUAUCCAAGUCGGAUGAAGGAUUCUACAAAUGCAAAUCCCCUGACAAGGGAGAAUCACCAGAGAGCUGGAUGACAGUGAGAGUCGUAUCUCCUGGAUCCUCUACAUCAGUCCUAGUAGGAGUGGUUGUGGGUCUGGUUGUUUCUGGUUUUCUACUGGUCAUUCUCCUCGUCCUGCUGUGGAGAUUUAAAAACGCCAAAGGUUCCUGUUUUAACAGAAUAUUCUUGCACCCCCAGCCCCAGGGCACCAACCAGGACCCCCAACAGGACCAAGGAUCUACCCAGGGUCAGGAUCCUGAUGCUGGGUAUACACGUCUGCAGCAUGGUGGCGAUCACAUCUAUGAUAUGAUCAAUCCAUCUGGGAACAAUAUUAAUGAUGCUGCUGCUGGACCAAGUCAUGUGACCUACGUCCAGAUUCAACUCAAAAAGUUGGACAAGAAAAUGAAAGAAAAGCCAGCUGAUCCAAAAGAAAGUGCAGUCUACUCUGAGGUGAAGACAGGGAAAGCCACAGCAGCUGGACCUGUUGAUGUGACCUAUGCUGAUGUUGACCUCCAAACGAAGAACAAAGCCAAGAAGAAGAGAGAAACAACAACCCCACCUGAGGCAGAUUCAGUCUAUUCUCAACUGAAGCUAGUCACAACCCCAGGUCCUGGAGGGAGAUGGAGGGACACACCAUCAGAGGAGAAGGAGGAGCAAUCUGGGAACAUGGGUUAUGAUUGCUCGACGUACGCAAGCACACUCACAUGCAGGCAUGCUCACACACACACAUAAACAAACAAAAACGUGUGCGCACACACAUGCACACGAACACACAAAUACAGAAAAAACACAUUCAUUCUUACAAGUGAACAUGUGAAGUAUUCCAAAAACACAUGUUUCAUGUGAUCACGUGAUCUUAUUUGAAGUUAAUGUGAUCACAUGUGAUCUUAUGUUAAGUUAAUGUGAUAACGUGAUCUUAUUUGAAGUUAAUGUGAUAACAUGUGACAACAUGUGAAGCAACAUGUGAUGACAUGAAACUACACAUGUGAAAACGUGAUUUCACGUUACAUUUCUCAUGUGUUUUUUCUGUGAGGGACACCUUGUACAUUAAGGAUUUGUAUGUUAUUUUAAUUUACCAGAUAAAUACAACACAUAUAUUUAAUUUAACCAUGUGUGUAUUACUUUAACAGCUUAAAUACAUUAUAUGGUGUAAUGAUGAUAGAUCUUAUGAACAGCUACAGUAAUUCUAUGCUUUGUAUUGUGUAUUGAAUUAUAUGUAUAAUUAAUGUACUGUAUGUAUUAUCAUUGAUUCAUUAUUUCUGUCAUUCAGAUUAUAGAAUAACAUAUUUUGUAUAUGAAUGUCACAUAUACAUGUUUGCUUCUAAUGACCUGAACUUUUACAAUAUCUUUGCAUCGUGCUUUUAUAAUAAACGUUUUAUUUUUUAUCCACCAGAUAGAAUGAAUUCUUUGUUACAGUAAACAGAUAUUGUCCUCAUGGUCAACUCUUCCAUACAACCAACCUACUUUGGUCAGCUCUCCUUUCAGCCUAAUAGAGUUCUUGGGCUCCUCAACUUUACAGGAAAGUGUUAGGAAGGCAACAUUUCAGUGUUUAAACAACAUUGUUGACAGC